AUGGACUGCGCCGCGCCAAGCGGGUUCAACGGACGCCUGCAGUCGCCAUGGUAUGCCGGCCGGGGCCUGUUCCUGGAGCCGCCCUACCUCUCCAUCAAGCGCGGCCGCUGGCGCCUCGCGCUGCCAGAAUGGCUGCGGGGCACGGGCGGCGACAGUAGCAGCAGCAGCAGCAGCAGCAGCAGCAGCAGCAGCAGCAGUAGCAAUCGCGGCGAAGAGGGUGGGCUGAGCUGGGGCAGCAGGGAGGAGGCCUUCUGCCCAGACCGCGACAGGGGCACCCCCCUCGGCGCCGCCUACGCCGCCGCCAUCGACGCAGCCAUCGACGCGCACGAGGCGUCCUCGGGGGCGCGGCUGGGGGCGCUGCUGCUGGAGCCUGUGCUGCAGGGGGCGGGCGGCAUGCUGUGUGCUGACCCGGCCUUUCAGCGCGAACUCGUCAGGUCCUGCCGCCGCAGGGGCAUCCCCAUCAUAUUCGAUGAGGUGUUCACCGGCUGCUGGCGGCUGGGCGUGGCCUCGGGGGCCGCCAUCCUAGGGGAGGACCCCGACAUUGCCUGCUACGCUAAGCUGCUCACUGCAGGCGUUGCGCCGCUGGCAGUGACGCUGGCGAGGGAGGAGGUGUUUGCCGCCUUUGAGGGGCAGGACAAGGUGCGGGCCGCACAGCCACAAACCUGCCCAUUGGCUUACAGCAGUGGCCAGGAGCCUGCUGUCAGGGGCUGA